AUGGGGAAGAUCACAAAGAAGAUGCAAGCCAAGCAUAAGGAGACUCAGUCUCCUUGGCUCAAGGCUUUCGUCAAGUCGGCGGUCUCCACGCCACUUCCUCUCCUUCCACAGGUCCUCGCCGACUUUCCAUCUCGGUGGCCGUUCCCUCGAGGCGACCUUUUCCACUGGAUCCCCCUCCUAAAUAGGUUCGACAAUAUCCUCGAAUGCUUUGUUGCCACCUAUAAUCUCGACAAAGGCCCUCAGACCCAGGAGUUCGCCUCCGAUCUCCUGCUAAAUGUUCCUGUGGGUCUCGAGUAUGCCGGUGAUGGCAAGACGUGGAAUGUGGAUACCCUUCGGGAGGCGGGCUUCGGACAAGAUGGAGACAGGCAGCUGAUGGAAGCCAUCUUGGGCUUUACCCGAAUGCUCCUCGAGAACUGCGGAAACAGGAGCAUUUAUUCUAGCAGUGCCCACCUCAACCAUGUUCUCAACACGACCUCGAUGUCCCUGCUGUUGGCUACACUGAGAGUGGGGUCGGAGCUUGCCCGUCGAUACCAGGCUUCGCUCAAACGCCUCGGACGCAAUACGCCACAGCAGCAGGUUACCGCCGCCCUCCUUGCCAACCACUAUAAUAUCGAUCUCGACUCUGUGCACCAACUGGCGAUGCCGUUUGUCCGGACACCAAUCGUUAGCCUGGCUGACACAUACCCGCCAGCCCCUACACCGGGCUCUUCCUCCAAGGGCAAGGAGCAUGCGCAUCCAGUGAGCCACGCCAAGAACGCGGCAACUAUGUAUGCAAAUGAUUUGGUGGCUGUUGCCUCCUCCGAUGCCACUCAGUGGAACGGCUGGGGCGACGUCAAAAUCGUCUAUUAUCCCCAGUCUGCUGCGGGUGAGGCGAGGAUCACGGGUCGCCCUGGUCAUGGCUUCGCUUCCACUCCCGGUACCCCAACCCCCUUGAGAAGGAGCUCGUCAAUGCAUACUCCAUCGCCCAAGGCUGGCCGUUCUCAGGCGGUUGACGAUGGCUCUCCCUCACCUGCCCGCGGUUCUGGUUUCGGCACCGACUUCGGAAGGUCGUCGGCCCAGAAGACGUUCGAUGUCACCGAAGCUGCUAUUAAAUCAACUCCCCUCCACAUCCUCAUGUCGCAGUGCCCCCCUGACCUGCCAAAGGCCUCAAGCUAUGAACUUCUGCACAGACUUCGUAUCGCCAAGGCUCUCGUAGGUUCCAAGGAAGAUAGGCAAGAGGCUUUGGCCGUGCGGUUGCUAGCUAUCCUCAACCUGAUCAACAUCCAUCCCGAGCCCGUCUUCACGGAAAAGGUACUUCGACAUGACAUUGACGAGACGCGGCGAUUCCAGCUCGCCUACCAGCUUGCCGACCUUAUUCAUCCGACAGCCAAUGGUUCCGUUCCAGUGCCGAUUCCGCUGCAGUCCAUCGCACUCUCACUCCUAGAGGCACUCUCAGGUCUGAAUUGUCGAUUUGCGGAUGUUGUCUCUGCGCUCAAUGCUACCGUCAACCAUGGUAUCUUACUCUACGUCAUGAGAACUGCCGUCGCUGGCAUGAAGGAGGAUGAGCCGCUUGAUGUUAAGGAUCGCCUUACCGAUAUCGACGAGUGGAGGAGCAACCUAUUCUCCCUGGCGUCCCAGCUUACUGCGAAUCCGGGCAUGAAGAUCGGUGGAGAGAUGCUAUCGUCUGGCCUGAUGGACGUCCUAGUCGAGAUUCUUGGUCUUCGAUCCAACAUCGCCAUGCGUCACCACCCCGCCAUCCUUCAGUUCCUCGACACCUUGAUUUGGACGUAUUCUCAUGGCUUGGAAGCCUUUUUCAGCGCCGAUGGUUUGGAUGCCGUAGCCAAAUUGACUGUGGUAACCGUUGAAGAUUCGUGCCGCUUAAUGAAGGAGGGCCUCGGAACGGGUGCCGACUUUCACACCAGCGUCAUCGAUUAUGACAUACCGUUUUACCAUCAUCAAACAUUGAGGUCGCUCCUGAGAUUCAUCCAUCAUAUCAUGUCUAACUGGUAUAGUCACGGUGGCAACGCUGACAGGUUACUCCGAAACUUGGCGGACAAGUCUGAUCUGUUGCAAAGUCUGCGGACUGUUAUCGAGCAGGCAAAAUGCUUUGGAUCCUACCCAUGGACUAGUGCGAGCACCAUCCUUAGCGAUUUCAUCAAUAAUGACCCAACAAGUUUCGCUGCCAUCUCGGAAUCCGGCCUUAUUACUGCCUUCCUCACUGCCGUGACGGGUCGUCCUGUCCCGCCCAUCCAACAAGACGCUUCUCAGACUGGAGAAGGAAACCAGUCAGGAAGUUCCGAUGACCAGCAGGACAGCCCUGACUCCACCGAUGUUCCUCCUGUCAUCUUGGAUGCUGACGAUCGACCACACCCGCCAACCGCGGAGAUGUUGGAAGCAUCGCGGCCGUCUCCCACCGCCGGCAACACUUUACCUUCCUUUGAGGCUAUCUCCAUUAUUCCCGUCGUUCUCAACGCCAUUUGCCUGAACAACUCCGGGUUGAGGAUGGUCGUCGCGUCUCGGGUGUUCGAGAGCUAUUUCGAAGUUUUUGAAAGCCCGGCUCAUGUUCGAUGUCUGGACUCUGACUACGAUUCCGCUAGUGGCCUCGGGCGUCAUUUUGACGAGCUUGCCCGCCAUCACCCGGCUCUUCGAACGCCGAUUGCGAACGCAGCAAUUGACAUGGUGGCCAGGGUUUGUCACCUCGGAAAGGAUAAAGCAAGGGUAGAUAAGUAUGGUGUCAAGCUUCAGGUUCUCAGUACCAUGCAGAAACCUGUUCAGGCAAGCAAGGAUAUCGUAGCGGACCUUGGGGUAUUGGAGACACCUUCUGGGCCUCAAAACGUCGCGCCGACGUACGACUCGGAUAUCGAAAUGUCGGAUCGGGCAGAUGUGGGCAGCAAAACGAGUGGCGCCAAUGACAGCUCGGACUCGGAGAAUGACCUUCCUGCCUUUGAGCCUUUCGUGUACGCCCUGUGCAACUUCUUGACGACCUACCUUAGCAACUCGAACCUCAAGGUGGCAUUCAUCAACAAGGGCGGUAUUGAGUUGCUACUCGACAUCGCCGAGUCGCCGAGUCUUGCUUAUACCUUUGGCGAACACCCUGCGUCGAGGACAUUGCAGCAUGUUAUCUCUGGCCUGGUCGAGAAUACGCCAGUGGUCGCACUUCCCUCCGUUCUCCGUCGUACUCAAUCUGCCAUUGGCCGUCUUGGUCCUCUAGCGAAGGGAGCAAACGGAGACGAUGCCUACUUCGCGCCGUUCUUGCAAACUGAUCUCGUAGUGACCCCUUCUAUGGCUGAGAAGUGGACGUCGGACCUGGCGGAGAAGAUGGCGCAGGGCUCCGAUAUUGCACGGGCGCUUCUCAAUACCCAGACAUUUGUUAAGACGCUUUGCGACUGUUUCGCGUCUUCUUCCAGAUCGAAUAACUUCUUGCUCCACCCUGUUAAUGUCUUUGAUUACUACGUCGCCUUGAUCCAGUCUCUUGGGCCGCUGCUAAGAGCCAGCCUACUCGAAGAAUCUGCUCAUCAUGGUCUAGUACCUCGCCACUGGUCAUCUAAUCGGCGCGCGUCAACUUCGGGGGCCGAUGACAAGGACAUUGUUGAAGGCACAGCGCCCGCAACGCUCCCUACAUCCGCUGCCGGUUCGGUCCCCGGCAGUGCUCCCGGUGCUAAUAGCGAACAGACGCCCGAUUUGACGGUCUCUGGAGCAAGCGACCAGACUCUGGGCCCCACCCCGACCGAGAUGUCCAGCAUCAGAUUCAAGAACUAUGAUACACUCCGGCUACUUCUUCACUCGAUGAUGCCGACAGCUUAUCCCCUUUUCCAAUCUCUCGGAAAAGCACUACUUCCACGCCGCGACCGAGACAAGUUGCGUCCUCGCCAUCUAGAUGUUGCAAGGGCGUUGGCGGAGUCGGUUUUAGACUACCUUGAGCCGUCCGUCAAUACUGCUGAGCCAACCUCUAAGGAUUAUCACUAUUGGAUCAUCAUGAUGCACACCAUCCACGAGAUGCUCAUCGAUACGUCUCGAGCGUCCGAACGCUCCUCGGUUCAGCUUGUCAUGCCCGUACUCCUGGCUUUCAAGGAGCGGGGUGGUUUUGAUGUACUCAACAGUAUGUUCCGGGCCUUCAUUCGACAGAUAUCUACCGCCGGCGCCGACGGCGGUGAGGAUUCUACCAAGGCCAAGGUUGCGUCGUUUGGGGUGAAGAAAAUCCUGGACCUCUAUGUUCUGAUUGUCAACGGAAAAUAUAUCACCGAUUCCGCGAGCCAGUACAAUCUGCAGGUCCGUACCGACAGGGUCCGCGAUACUCCCUUAACCCAGCAGCUCGUUGUUGAGCUUCGGCUUUUAGUACUGCCUGUGAUCGACGAAUUGUGGCAAUCGGAUUUGGUCGAGACGAUUUCCGAUCAAACCCUUAUUCUUGUAGUCGACAUCCUUAACCUCAUCUCCACUGCUGAAUACGAGACUCCCCCCUCGUCUCGUGGUGAAAAGUUCCAGACGUCGAUUUUCAAGACGACCCGAGAUCCGUUUGAUUGGGGACACCUUAGGCGUGAAGUCACAAGACUCGUCGAGGCAGGUUACGAGGAGGAUCUGGCUGCGGAGGCUCUCUACCGGGCCAAUGGAGACGCCCGCGCGGCAAAUGACUAUUGUAAAGCCCACCAGGCUGGCGUCGCAGGUCCCCGGAAUCCCAUCCCCGCCGGGGAUGCCUACACGCCAAGUUCAGCUGAGCCAUCUAACCAGGAGAACCGACCCGAUGCGGAAGCUUCUACGGCAGAAUCCAUGUCUAUCGAUUAUGCGCUCCAGCUAGAAAAUAUUGGCGCCGAAGUCGCCGAGGAACCUGCUGAUGAUGAUGACUCUUCUCAGGCUACGGAGGAUAACGAUGACACGGCCUUUGGAGAAUCUGCGUCCCGUUCGAAUGGUGCUGCGGAACAGCAGCCUGCAGAUGCCUCAUCUGAUGACAAGGCCGCCGAGGAGCAAAGCAACCCAAAAACGGAACUUGAUAAUCUUCGUGACAAGCUCCGAGAUGGCCUGAUUGACAAGUCCUUGGACGUAUUGCGCGCUCAUCCCAGCGCGGCAAUCGACCUAUCAGAAUUGAUAAAAUCGAUGGUACUUCGACAAAAGAACGACGACGAUGUACGCGAGGAAGUUGGCGCUACCUUGGCGAAUGCUCUGUCGUCACUAGCGUUUGACGACGAAGACAAGGCUGCCAAUGGUAAGAGCAUCGCUUCAUUUGCGCACCUUCUCGCCCUGCUUCUCCAGGAGAAGCAGUUCUUCAAAUGCAACGUCGACACACUCCGCGAAAAGGUUGAGGAGUAUGUAGGGUUUCUCCAGGUUCCUCCGAAGGUUUCAAACGAGGAACUCCCUCCUUGGAUCCCUUACAUCCUUUUGGUGAUCGAGACCCUUCUUCAGCAUGAUUUCCAACCGCAUGAGUGCAAGUGGACCCCCCCGAAGUCCGACGAUGAGCCUAUCACGUCUCCCGUCUUCAGCGUCCGCGAAUUCAUUGUUACCACGGAUGAGUGCAAGGAAAUUUUGGAUGCUGUUCUAGAUAUUCUCCCACGAAUCGGCAAGGACGAAAUUCUUGCGACCGCUGCUCUCAGAGUUCUUGUUUUCCUCUCCAGAGAUGCUGUCCUGGCCAAACAAUUGGGCGAGAAGAAGAACUUGCAGAGGCUGUUCGUUAUGGUCAAACAACUCUCUAUUCUAGGGGCGGAUAGGCUUAACCGUUCCAAGAUCAACUCUUGGAUCAUGGUCAUCCUAAGGCAUAUCGUUGAAGACGAAGAAACCACGCGGCAGAUCCUCAGGGCCGAAAUCAAGAACCAGAUUGACAUCUCGCAGCGAGGUCAACGACGUGACCUGAAAACCUACAUCACCAACCUCGCUGGUGCCGCGCUCAGAGCUCCCGAUAUGUUUGUCGACACCUCAGCUGAGAUGUUGAAGCUUGACCAGUGGGUGCCGAGCGAUUGCCUGACCUUCCGUAAUCCGCUCGCGUUGAAGAGCCCCUCCGCCACAUCACCUGCCGCCGAGGAGAGUGAGAACGGUAACGAAGCUCCAUCAACUACGGCUCCUGGGGAAGACAUUAAGCCCUCCACCGAAGCUGGCGAUAAGGAAAUGACCGAUGCACCCAAGGAAUCCAAAUGGCCCGUGGUAGAGAACCCCGAUGGCGUUGUUCACUUCCUACUCUGUGAACUUCUGAACUACCGCGAGGUUGAUGAUAAAGACUCGAGUGUACCAGCCAUGAAGGACUUGAAGGCGUCAGAAACCCCUGCUGCUGCUGACAAUGUCCCAUCCCCUGCCACUACGGAUGACGGCUCCGUGACCGAGGGCAAGGAUAAGAAGUUGCAGAAGCCAACAUUCAAGUCCGAGGAGCAUCCUAUCUUUGUUUACCGCUGCUUCCUGCUUAAUUCUCUCGCUGAGCUGUUGAUGAGCUAUAACCGCACCAAGAUUGAGUUCCUCAACUUCAGGAGGAGCGCACCGUUGUUGGGAAAUACUCCCGUUAGACCGCGAUCGAGUAUCCUCAUUUAUCUCAUCGAUCUUCUCUGUCAGGACAGUCUAAGUGCAGCUACCGACAGCCUCGCAGCUAAGAAGAAGCUUGCAACCGCCGCCCGCGCGCAGAGCGUCUUAGUCGCGCUCGUGAACCAGACUGGCGAGAAGCCCCAUGAGCGAAACAAGGAUCGAUUCGAAUAUGACGACGACCCGGACCUCAUCUCCGUGCGCAAGUUCGUACUCGACACGAUUCUCAAGGCCUACGAAAGGGCUUCAACACCCGAUGAGUCGCUCGACCUACGGUACGCUCGUAUGCAAUCCCUUGCUGAAUUGAUGUGCCAGAUUAUUGGUGACAGGGACAAGGACCACGGACCGCCACGUCCACCAUCACUGCUUGGCCCACAUGCUUACACCCAACUGCGCCGCAUGAUGUACGAAAAGGGCUACUUGGACAAGCUGACGUCGUCGAUUGCGGAAAUCGACUUAAAGUACCCCGGCGUAAGGAGGGUCAUCAAGUACAUCCUCCGAGUUCUAAAGGUCCUCACCGACACUGCCAAGGAGCUCAGUCUUUCCAAUGUAAUUCAAGUGCCCUCACACCCAGAGCAUAUUGAUGACGAGAUUGCGUCGGCUUCUUCACUUUCCGACCUCGAGGACGAGCGUGAGGAGACUCCCGACCUUUACCGUCACUCUGCCCUCGGCAUGUUGGAGCCUCAUGACUCAGACGAUGAUUCUGAUGAAGACGAGGAUGAAGACGACGAUGGGUAUGAUGACGAAGACGAUUACGGCGACGAGAUGGAUUAUGAAGACGAUGGGAUGGAUAGCCAUGAUGAGGAUAAUGUCAGCGACGAAGAUGAAGAACUCGGUGAUAUGGGACCGAUUGAGGGCCUCCAUGGUGACCCCAUCCUUGAAGUUAUUGUCGAUGAAGACGAUGACGAUGACAUGGAUGAUGACGACAUUGAUGACGAAGACAGCGAUGACGACGAUGAGGAGAUGGACUCCGAUGACAUGGAAGAGGAGGAAGACCGGGUCCACAUCGCUGUUGAAGAAGAUGAUUUGAUGGAUGAUGACGGUAACCCCGAAUGGGAGAGCGCAUCUGACUCCGAAGAGGAGGACGAUGACGCCCUCGACUACGACGUUGAAGAGCCUGAGCUUGAUGAAGACGACCUCCAUCACCACCACCACCAUCAUCACCAUCAUCUCACCGAUGGAGAAAUUCUCGGAACCAUUACCCGGGCCGUUAUGGGCGGGCCUGAUUUCGACCCUGAUGAUAUGGAUGAUGUUGGGGACGGGUACAUCGACGAUGGUCGAGACGAUGAAGACGACGAAGACGACGAAGAUGUUGAGGACGACGAAUACUUCCACGAUGUUGAGUAUCCUCAACUAGUUCCUGCGAUGAUGCCACCCGCCUUGGGCUGGGACACCUUCAUGGUUCACCCUCCCGACUUCCCUGGCCAUGGUCAGGGCGGUCGCCAUCGAAACCGAGGGAACAUUUUCGAUGCUACGUGGACACUUGGACCAGGCCGUGAUCUUGGUGAAUAUAGCUACCUUCACCGAAGCAAUGCCAGAGCCGGGAACUCUAGUGGCAACGGGGACGAUGGCACGAACCCUCUCCUUCGUCGCCCCAAUGCUGGCCGCGAGGCUUCUCCUCAUCCUGGUACUCAUCCGGGCUCGGUUGCUCUUCGAUUCCGAUCUGACUUUUUCGCGCCUGGACGUGGGUUCAGCGAUGGUGGCCCGAUUGCCGUUCUCCAUGACCUUAUAGCCGCCAUUCCUCAGGUCUCCCAUGUUUCUUGGGCGGGCGGCCGUGAUCGUACUGGACCCCUUCCAAUCUUCACCGAUGGACGUAGAGACCGACAUGAAUUCAACAUCUCCUCCCGCGAUCACCGAGGAUCCGGCCACCGCGACUCGACAACCACGGAUCCCCAGCAGGCCGUUUCAUUUUCUCCCAUGCUCACUCGAGAGCGAUAUGACGAGGAGGGCACAAUGCUUCUUGGCCCACUACAUGGCUCACGAAUCUCCGACAGGAUGCCGCAGCUUUUCGCCCCACGGAUCCUGCACCUACUGGCUCCCGCUGCCAUCGAACAAAAGAAGAAGGACGAUGCCGAGAAGGCGAAGCGGAGAGAAGAGCGCCUCAAGCGCGAGGAGGAGGAGCGACUAAAGAGGGCGGAGGAGGCCCGCAAGGCUGAAGAGGCUCGUAAGGCCGAGGAGGCGAAGGCUGAGGAGGCGAGAAGAGCCGCCGAAGCCGCCGAAGCUGCUGCUGCUAGUGCUGCAGCCGAAUCGCAGAGACAAGAAGCUCGGGCCUCCGCCCCUUCGUCGCGGUCUGCUUCGCCGUCUACCCGUAGCACAGACCGGACCGGCGCCAACGAACCUGAACAGAGCGCCGCUCCCCAACCUAUGGAGGGAGUUGAGACUGGUGGCGCCGCUGCCGAGACCUCCAGGACGAACGAGCCGGCUCAGUCUCAGAAUCGUGUUGUCACCACAAUCCGGGGUGAAGAGGUCGAUGUUACCGAGCUUGGAAUCGACCCCGAUUAUCUCGCUGCGUUGCCCGAGGAGUUCCGCGAGGAGGUCAUUGCACAGACCGUUAGCAGCCGUCGGUCGCGGGCCCGUGAAGAGAGUUCUGCCACUGGCGAGCAGACCGAGGUGUUUCAGGAGUUCCUUGAUGCCUUACCUGCUGAACUCCGAAUCGAGAUCAUCCAGCAGGAACGCCAAGAGCAGAGGCGUCGAAACGAUGAGGAGCAGCGCCGACAGAAUCAGUCCGCCGGCAUUGUACAAGUCGCCGCCGACAUGGAUGCGGCCAGUAUUUUACUGACACUGCCCCCCGAACUUCGCGAUGAAGUCUUGCUAGAGCAGGGUGACGAAAUUCUGGAUCAACUACCACCGGAGAUGGCUGCCCAAGCACGUGCCCUUGCCGAGCGUGCCAAUUCUCCUCGUCACGGCAUCGUACGGGGUUCCAACAUCAUGACUGCAGGCCGUUCACGCCCUCCGAUUCCCGGCGCGCCCGCAGGUAUCGCAGGUGGCGAACAAGGUGACAAGGUUGCUAGGAGGACGGUUGUUCAGAUGCUUGACAAGUCCGGCGUGGCUACGCUCCUUCGCCUCAUGUUCAUCGUUCAGCAAGGCCACACCCGAGCUUAUCUUUUCAGCAUCUUUGCCGAUAUCUGCGAGAAUAGACAAAACCGCCUCGAGGUCAUCAGCACCCUUCUUCAAAUCCUCCAGGACGGCAGCACGGACAUGGAUGCAAUCGAACGAAGCUUUGGCCAGCUCUCGCUGAAAGCCAAGAAGCCGCGGGAUAAGGAGGGUAACGAUCUAAGAACCCCACAGAGCCUUAAGAGAAGCCUGACGGCCGUUACACCUUCGGCAGCCGUAGCCGCAGCUCAGACGCAGACGCACUCGGAGAUCUCUCCACUUCUCAUUGUCCAGCAAUGCCUCGACCUCUUGGUCGAUUUGUCAAGCAAAAACCUCCAUAUUCCUUGGUUGUUCCUGACUGAGCAUGAUAUCGUGGGCUCCUCUGUUAAGCGAACUCUCAGCCGCAAGUCAAAGGCAAAGGAGAGCAAAGCUCAAAAGUACGCGAUCAACUCUCUCCUUAGCCUCCUCGACCGAGAGAUUGUUAUGGAAAGCUCCAACAUCAUGAGCUUACUGGCCGACCUUCUCAACCGUCUUACGCUCCCACUUCAGAACCUAGAGCGUAGACGCAAAGAAGCAGAGGAGGCAGAGAAGGUGGCUGAGGCCAAGGCGGAGGAGGAUAAGAAGAAGACCGAGGAGGCAACUGGUUCCGCCGCCGCGGCGGGCGAGGGCCAACCUGGCGGAGCCAGCGACUCGAAGCCAACCGAAGCCGGGAGCUCGACUCUGCAGGAAAAGAAGAAGGAGGAGCCAAGCAAGCCCAAGCCGCGAACGAUGCAGAUCCCCGUCAUCCCCAACUAUAACCUCACAUUGGUCAUCAAGAUCUUUGUGGCGCGAGAGUGCAGCUCCAAGACAUUCCAGAAUACCAUUGCUGCUAUCAAGAACCUCUCCGCUAUCCCAGGGGCCAAGGCAGUCUUCGGACAGGAGUUGGUCAAACAGGCACAAGCCCUGAGCAAGAACAUCGUGGCGGAUCUGGAUGAGCUUCUCCCCCAGAUCACCAAGGCAACUUCCGGCACGGAGAUCCAGGGAGUGGCACUUGCCAAAUUCUCUCCUGGAGCGUCGGAGCAAAACAAGUUGCUGCGCGUGCUUACUGCUCUUGACCAUCUGUUCGAGACCAAGAAGGUCGAGGGUGAGGACCAAAGCGGCGCAACCAGCCGGGAGACCGAGAAGCAAGAUCUCAUCUCCACGCUCUACCACCACCCGACCUUCUCCACGAUGUGGGAGAAACUGAGUGCAUGCCUCGUCGCUAUUCGGCAGCGUGAGAAUAUGCUUAACGUCGCAACGAUUCUCCUGCCCCUUAUCGAGUCUUUGAUGGCUGUGUGCAAGAACACCGCGACCAACGCUCCCCUACAACCGUCCACCCAGUCGCAAGUUGGAAAGGACAUGGUGCUUUCUAGUCCACCUCCCGAGUCGCCUAUGGCUGGCCUUUUCUUCACCUUUACCGAGGAGCAUCGUCGAAUCCUCAACGAGCUUGUCCGCAAUAACCCCAAGCUCAUGCAAGGACCUUUCAAGCUACUCGUCAAGAACCCCAAGGUCCUCGAGUUCGACAACAAGCGCAACUACUUCAGCCGGAGCAUCCAUGCUCGAACCAACGCUCACGGCCGCACGUCAUACCAGCCAUUGCAGCUCUCUGUCCGUCGUGAACACGUGUUCCACGACUCGUUCAAGUCACUCUACUUCAAGAGCGGCGAUGAAAUGAAGUACGGCAAGCUCAACAUUCGCUUCCACGGCGAGGAAGGUGUCGAUGCUGGUGGCGUCACUCGAGAGUGGUUCCAGGUGCUUUCUCGCCAGAUGUUCGAUCCCAACUACGCGCUCUUCAUCCCCGUGUCGUCCGACCGCACAACGUUCCACCCCAACAAGCUGAGCGGCAUCAAUGACGAACAUCUCCGAUUCUUCAAGUUCAUUGGCCGCAUCAUCGGCAAGGCCCUCUACGAAGGCCGUCUGCUCGACUGUUACUUCAGCCGCGCUGUCUACAAGCGCAUCUUGGGCAAGUCGGUAUCGGUCAAGGACAUGGAGUCGUUCGAUCCUGAUUACUACAAGUCGCUCGUGUGGAUGCUUGACAAUGACAUCACCGAGAUUAUCACCGAAACAUUCUCACUCGAGGACGACGAGUUCGGUCGUACUAAUACCGUGGAUCUAAUCCCCAAUGGCCGCAACAUCCCCGUCACGGAGGAGAACAAGCACGAAUACGUGCGCCUCGUCGUCGAGCACAAGCUUUUGAACUCGGUUAAGGAGCAGAUGGAACACUUCUUGAAGGGCUUCCACGACAUCAUUCCGGCAGACUUGAUCUCGAUCUUCAACGAGCAGGAGCUCGAACUUCUCAUCUCGGGUCUUCCAGACAUCGACGUCGACGAUUGGAAGAGCAACACCGAGUACCACAACUACACAGCGUCCUCUCCGCAGAUCCAGUGGUUCUGGCGAGCAGUCCGAUCCUUCGAUAAGGAGGAGCGCGCGAAACUGCUGCAGUUCGUCACCGGAACCAGUAAGGUGCCGCUCAACGGAUUCAAGGAGCUUGAAGGCAUGAAUGGAAUCAACCGAUUCAAUAUCCAUCGGGAUUACGGCAACAAGACACGCCUGCCUAGCUCUCACACAUGCUUCAAUCAACUUGACCUCCCCGAGUACGAGAGCUAUGACAUGCUCCGAAAGCAAUUGCUGAAGGCCAUCACUGCCGGAAGCGACUACUUCGGAUUCGCGUAA